UACCACAGACAAGACUAAAAUUUGAAAAAUAGAUAUUUCUUAUCAUAUAUGGGCUCAACAUUUCUUCUUCUUUGUUUUUAUCAUAUAAACUACCUUGCAUAGAUUGGCUCUUAAAAAUCGAGCAUGGGUGUCCCAUUUUAGGGGUUUCUGUGAUGUAACUACCUAAAAAUCUCAGUUCUGAUUUAGAGAUAAUAAUUUAUAAAUUUUUAAAAUCUAUUUGUGGUCUUAACGGAACUCUAAUUUGUUUUGGUUGAAAUCACAUAGCAAAUGUUUUUUCAAAUUUUAUUAUAAGAUUAUUUUUCUCAAACCAUGGAUGUGCGAAGCUGACUAUCACCUCCAUCUAGUGCUGAGGUUAAGAAUGCAAUGAGUUAAUAUUCCACUCUUGUAUGUCUUCUCUGAAUUGUGACUAAUUAAGGAAAGGUUUAAUUUCAACUUCACCUUUACUUUUACUUGAUACAAUUAUAGAUUCACUUCUUGAUAAACUUCAUAAAGAGAACGUUGCUUUUAAAUGUAAUAACCACAUAUCUUUUGUCUUGAAAGUUUGUAUUGUUUUCUAAUGAGCUGUUUAGCAUGCAAGCUCUACAUGAGUCAGCUUAAUUCCUGCCAUUGUGGAAUAACAUACACAGGAAGAACAGUCAACCAGUCACAUGAUGCAGAUUCUGGAGGCCUCCCUGUUGCCCUUAGUGUUCGUUGCUUCCUCAUUCUCAACAAGACCAGUUUACCCCAGCAAAUAUCGUGGUGUGUUUAGUGCAGUGUGCUGCUUUGUCAUGGUGGCGUAUGGUCUCAUUAUCACUACUGGCGUAAGCAGCAAAAUGGUGAUGAUUUAUGUUCUGCUGGUUAUCCCAGCUGUGAUGGGCAUUGUGCCUGUUGAAGAAAAAGUGAAAACAGUUUUCUCUUUCACCAGAUACUGGGGCCUAAGCCAUGUGUUUAUGGGACUGAUGCAUGGUGAUGUGAUGCAAGCAAAAAUAUAUAUACAUUUUGAGAAAUCAUUAGUAAAACUACAAAAGCAGUUCAUCAAUCUUAACAUCAUUAUAAUUCAGUUGCUAUUUUGUUUUCUCGCCAAGAAGAUCUUGUGCCCAGAGCAGGAUCUAAUGUAUGUUGUUUGUCUGUAUGCUAACCUGAGUCUGCUACUGAAUCUUCUCAAGAAAAGAGCCUGGAAUAUAUUGUUCAUUACAAGUGUUGUCUCUCUCUAUGCAAGUGUACUCUAUGAUAGUUGGACCAACACAGUGUUAACUGCAGCAUACCUCUUGCUUGUCACAUUUCAAGGUGUGCCAGGAGAGGACUCUUGGACUGUGUCCACUGUACGCAGCUGGAAGUUCUCAGUCUUGGGAGGUGUGGAGGAGUUUUGGGUGCCUAUUCUAAUUCGCAUUCUUUCUGCUCUUCUUGCCACCGUUCUGACAGCUGUGGCUCUUCCAGAUCGUGCUGCGUGGAAGCUCUGCUUGUGGGUGUGGUAUGUAUGCAGUGUAGUCCGUUCUAUAGAGAUAAAGAAUUAUAGAGAACAUGAAGACCGUAGUCAGCUUAACACACCCACUUGAUAGUGUAGGAUUACA